AUGCCACCUGGCCUUCGCGGAAUAAAGGAGCAGGCACACUCGGCAGCAGAGCUGUGCCGUAUCCUGCAUUCAAGAGGAGUGGCUUUUCUGCUUAACAUGGAUGCAUCGGCAGACAACAAAGAAGCUGUUUCUUGUGUUCUCGGAACCCUUUAUGAAAUGUUCGGAGUUGCGUUGAACGUGCUUCGUCAGGCAAUAGAGGAAGAUGAAGCUCUGGCAUGGGAUAUGCAGCAUAUGCCUGUUCGCAAUGGCUUCAACCGACCUGGUACUUGCGCUUGGUCUGAACAAGAGAGGGCAUUGCUCAGCCCAGGCAUAGGACUCAUGAAGGCACUCCGCAUUACUAUGCGCAAAGUGUGUGUUCUUGUGAAGUUUUGUGGCCGGUGCACAAACAUGCAAGAGAACGCAGACUUGGACGCAAUAGCCGAUAUGUUUCGAACAUCUAGCUCAUUCGUGGAACACUUCAUCACAUGCCUCCACCCUCCCAUCUUUGGAACCGCUAUCCAAGAAAGUGGCACUGCACUGAAGGAAUGUGUACUAGCCAUACUGGAAGCAACAAAGCAAGUUUUAUUCUGUUGUAGGACAUUGGCGGGGCCUUUCAUGUUUGCAUUUUUGUUCAUUUCAACUUGUCUAAUUUUAACUUGCAGGGAAAGCCACUUCCACAAUAUUGCCCAAGAAGGAUGGAUUGCCUUUGUGGAGCGUGCUGCAGAGAAUAACUACCAGACACUGCUCUCACGUAUUGCUUUACUUUGAGUGUUGCACAAAUGAGUUUUUCAAUAAGUUUUGCUUGUUUCUAAUGUUACGGCUGGUCGUCGUGUAAAUAAGGGCAAAAAUGUAGCACCGGCCCAUUUUGUAAAUAAAGGCAAGACACCUUUAUCAGGCGUGAAACAUGCUACUAAGCAUAACUACCAGACACUGCUCUCACGUAUUGCUUUACUUUGAGUGUUGCAAUACGUUUUGUUGUUUUUAAUGUUGCGGCUGGUCGUCGUGUAAAUAAGGGCAAAAAUGUAGUGCUGGCCCAUUUUGUAAAUAAAGGCAAGACACCUUUAUCAGGUGUGAAACAUGCUACUAAGCAUAACUACCAGACACUGCUCUCAUGUAUUGCUUUACUUUGAGUGUUGCAAUACGUUUUGCUUGUUUUUAAUGUUGCAGCUGUUCAUUGUGUAAAUAAAGCCAAGAAUGUAGCGUUGGCCUGUUUUGUAAAUAAAGGCAAGACACCUUUAUCAGGUGUG